AAAAGUGUGAAGCAUAGUGAUAAAUUACAGCAGAAGCUCUUAAUGCAGGAGGUACGGGAACUAGGCAAAGCGGAAAGGGACAGCUUCACCUUCGCUAAACUCUAACUGAACUUUAGCAUUUCUUUCAAGUACAGUGUAGGCAACAAGCCUCCCAGUAUUAGCAGUACCUGUGAGUGUCACCAAGAGAAAGCAGAGAUCUUUUCAUACCAUUUACAGGCACGGCAGCUAACUAAAAAUAUCGCUUAUGCUCAUUACUACAAAAGUACAGUGGUUAUUAGAUUUUGUUUUAUGCAUAAAGAAGACACUGCGAUUUCAUUUUAAAAAGGUAUUUUUGAAGAUAUGACUAAGAAUUUGAAAGCUUCAUCCGAACUGGAAUAUAAUGCUUCAAACAGUAAAAUGUUACAGGCAGAAUCAAGUAAUUUCAGAUAUGCCUGCUCACAUUACCAAAGGGGCACUGAACUAUGAAGAGAUUAAGUAAUUUGCCCAAAGUCUCACAAGUGUUUAAUAAAAACUGCACAAAAAAACUCUACAAAAAAAUGUGUGAAAAUCCUCCACCUGGUUUCCACAGUCAGCAAAGUACCUCCUGCCAUUAAGUAAUUUGUGAGGAGAAUGAAUGUCCCUGAAUUACUUACUGCUCACAAAGGUUAACUUCAAGAGCCAGAUGUGGUGGUGAACGUCUGUAAUCUCAGCACGUGGGAUGUUGGGACAGGAAGACCAGCUUAAGGCUACCCUCUACUACAUAAGGAGACUGAGGCCAGCCUCAGAUACAUGAGAUCCUGUGUCACAAGAAGAACCAUUAACUUCAGCUGUGGGGUGAAUAGGAGGAAAAAGAUCGCGAAAAGAUAGCGGAGGGGGAGGCCAGUUAGGAGGUCAUAGAUAAAUUCACUGUCUUUCCGACAAACCACAUGGUAUUUUCAGUAUGGAAAGAAUGUAAACUGUAAACGCCACUGAACACACAAUGCUUUCUUUUUAAAGGGGUUCUAAAAUGAACAGGACAAUCAUAUGGCAUUUGAGUCUAGUCCAAAUGUAAUAAUGUGGGGAUUAUGGCCUUAAAAGCUUAAUGUAUGUGUGUUCAGAUUACUUCUUUGUAGGGACAAUGAAAAAGUCCUCAAAUACAACAGAUACUCGUGCUCCAAAAUCAGAUAGUCAGCUCCCAGAAAAAAUCCACAAGACACAACCGGCACGUGCUGCAAAGAAAAAGGCAAGAAAAGAAGACAUUGCAGCAACAAAAAUACAGAAAGCCUGGCUCAUUUAUGUGGACAAAACAUUGUUUAAACUCCUAAAACACGCAAUUUGUGCAGCGCAUCCUGAAAGCUUCGUCACAUUCCCUGCUGUGUCUCCAUCAUCCACCUGUCUGAGAACCUGCUAACAAACAGGAGGAAGACAGCUGGGUUUUAGGAAAUCCCAAAUCAACACCUGAGGGAGAUUGACGAGACUCUAAAAUGAUGGGUCAAAAGGUAGACCUCUACACCAAAACUUGGUCUGCCAAAGGCAUUAAAGUUCAGGAUUUACAGAAUCGGAGAGUACCAGGGGGGCGGAGAGUUCCCCCACGAGAAGAGAAUCCCAGGAUGAAAUGCAGAAACUGUGGGGCCUUUGGACACACUGUAAGAAGCAAGAAGUGCCCUAUCAAGUCUUGGGAUGGUGCCAUGGCACCACUACACUUGGGCAUCGUAAAGAAGGAAAAGGAGAACCGAGACCCACGAAAGCGACAGAAUCCUCAGAGCCCUGAGCCAGUGAAUGAGACAGAGAAAGAGAAGAAAGAGAGAGAAAGAUUAGAGCAGCAGAGGAAGGCUCUCCUGCUCAAAUUUCCCAAGAAGCCCCCCGAGAGGAAGCCUCAGAGUUGGAAGGAUACGACACAUCCUGGUGACUAUCUGAGGCGUCCGAGCAGACCAUCGGUCUUCCAUGUAAACAAGAAAUUAUCCCUGAACCAUACUCAAACUAAUCUGCCAUCAGUCAAGAAAUCAGAUGGGGAACAUGUGUGCCAUACAGCACCUUCCACAGAAGACCCUAAUAUUACCUUACCUCUCAAGGAAGAUAAAUGUCAGACCCUGGAGGUCCCUAACAUGCCAAAAACAACAGUUGGGCACAGUGAUGAGGAGCCAACCUUCAGUGAGAAGCCAACAGACCAAAGCACAGAGUAUUGCUUCCAUCAAGUCCCACAGGCUGCCUUCAAAGUGCAGGAGAUGAACCCCAUGCUGAACACUCAGUCACCAGCCCAGCAUUCUGAUGAAGACAAACACUCCCACACAGCACAUACAGAUAGCCAGCGUGCUGAACUCAGCUUCAAGGUAACCCAUAAGAGAAAUCUCCAGCUCCCCACCCAGAUUAUCCAAAAUCCUCCAAAGAAACGACGGCUAAGCUCCUACCAGAGACCCCAGAAGAGCACUGAGAAGCCUAUGUUGGAGUCUUUCCGUGUUGUGCCAUGUUCUAGUACCAGCCAAGUUGAACCAAAAGGAUUACCUCAAGUGACCGGUGUUGAGCAACAGCCUCCACACAACAGAGCUCUUCUGAAUUUCACCCAGCCUUUCACUGAGUCCCAUCAUCCAUUGUCCAGCCACGUUCCAGUCCAACCUCUCCGAAUGGUCUUUACUAGAUUGAGAAAUGGCUACUGGAGCUCCAGGAUCUUCGAAGCUUCCUCAUCCCAUCCUCCUGAAAAGAAGAUGUCUUCUGAUAAGAUCUCACCCUCCCUGAAGCAGUCUGAGAAACCAUAUCCCUGGGUCCCACUGAGUGUCUUCAUAAACACCCGUCCAACCUCCUCCUUUGAGGAGAGUCACUGAGAAGAAGGUCACAUCAAAAGAGACUCUGUCUCCAGCCUCAGAGGGACUUGUAGUAGACUAGGAGUGUUGAAUGGAGGAGAGAGCAGAGGAAGCUGACUGAGCCAUUUGAUUGGGGUCCUUGGGGGUAGUGGAGCAUAUGAACUGGUGGAAUACCAUCAACUGAGCAGCAGACACAAGACACCAUUCGGAUCACAUCAACUGGACUUCACACGGAGUUUACUGAGGUGAAAUGUUAAGGAGUCCUCCAUGAAGUCUGUAAGAACUUGAGUUGGCAAGUACAUGUGUUUAUUCACACAUAAGCAGAAAACCAAAAUUAACCUGUUUGGCAUCCAAGUGUCUAUAUUAGUGGAAAGUCUGGGUGACCUCCAGGACCUACAUCUUCAUCCUGACCUCAAAAGGGAGCUCUUGACUGUCAAAUGUGUCGAUGAGAACUGUCGUGAAGAAAGCUCUCUUGCCCUUACAGAUGUUCUUCGUUAAUGACUUGUAAAUAGGUUUUACAGGUACGUUUCAGUGUUAAUAAAGUUCUACAAACUAUGCCAAAGAGAAAGGGAGAUGCACCGUUAUGCCUUUCCCCAAGUGCUGCAGCUGUCACUCUCCUGGAGUGAUCAGCCCCAAUCGUUCCUUAUGGUGUCCUCAUUUUCCCUGGGAAAUUAGAUGUUAGAAUUCUGUUUGUUCUUGUUAUUAAGAUGUUAUCACACUAUUCAGCCUGACUUUUUCAGUGAACACUACAAUGGUCUUUUAAUGAACAGAACAUACCCAACUUGAAGAGAACAGUUUGGACUGCCCUUGUCCCUUGCAUUCCUUUGCAAAACAAACUUGACUAAUAUGUAUACUCACAGUCGAAAGAAAACUUGCAAUGGUGGGAUUUUUCUCAUUCUAAGUUUACAUUUUUUGCUCUUUGAAUAAAACUUUUGUUUGCAAAUUAA